AGAGUGCGCGUGCGUGGCCCGGCCUGUUGAUUGCGGCAGCGCUCGAUAACACGAGUCACACGCAUUGUUAAUAAUUGUUAUUCAUUGUUAGGUGUGUUCAAAUACUGUAAACCAUUUACAGUAUUUGGUGUGUUUUAGUUUCGUCGACGGCCGCCGCAUCGAGUCGAACCGAACUGACGACGAUCUGCGCGCUCACACGCUGCAUGCUGUCCGCGCUCCCUCCCCUCUUCUCAGUCGCAGCGCUCACAGCUUCAUCCGCCGCCGUCGCCGMCUCUCGUUCGGUAUCGAUUUUCCAUCCGAUACUCCGCGUCGGCAAAUCGCAAUAGAUUUCGGCGCGACCGCACACUGCACAGUCCACAGAGGCACAGAGUAUCGCCGGACGCCAGAGCCGUAUAGUAGUCGUCACUAGACGCUCGUCACGCACUUUGCCGUCAAGUCUAACCGCAACCACGUUUCACCGCCACAUGGAAGACCAUAUCGGUGGUUCGUCGUCGUCCAGCGACGACGACUCGGCGCCUCCCGUCAUUAUGCCGCCGCCGCCUAGCCGGUACAUCAUCAACGAGGACGAGAUAAUCGAUCUGGACGGGAUUGCGGAACAUCACCAACGCCGCCGACGCAACAAUCGCCAUCGCCGUCAGAUGCGUCACACCGGUCACGCGGCCCUCAUCGAAGCGGAACACGGUGUAGGCGGCAUCAUCGACUUGGUGAACCGUGAAGCGAUGGCCAUCUCUAUCGACCAUGCGGCCGAAGAGGACGCGGCCGCCGCUUCCGGCAACUGCGACCUGAACAAGGUGCGCAGCUACAAAGACAUGUUAAAGUACACUACCAACCUGUCUGACGGGAUGCCGAUGACCAUUAACCAAGACAGAGACGCUUUUACAUUCACCGAGGAAAGAAAGAAAUUUUUGUCUAAUGUUUUGUCAACCAUGACAGUCAAUGUGCACGAGGAAAUGAACAAUUCUAUUAACAUUUUAUUUGACAGUAACAAACAAGUGGAUGAACAUGAAUUUGCGUUUGAUGUUAUUGCGGAAUAUGUUGACAAUAUUGAUUAUGCUAAUGAUUUUGAAAAGCUUGGCGGUUUUCAUAUAUUUUUACCGUGUAUUCGUUCAGAGCAUCCAUCUGUGCGCAUAAAGACAGCAGAAUUGAUAAGUACACUGGUUCAACAUAAUCCAUACUGUCAAGAAAAGUUUAUGGAAAAUCCUAAUUACUUGAAAGCAUUGAUUUCUAUGGUAGAAAAUGAUCUUAACGAUGAAGUGCGGGUAAAAGCACUAGCUGCAAUUUCCAGUUUGGUUCGUCAUAACAUAACCGUGUUUUGGCAAUUCAUUGAACUCGGAGGUAAAGAUUUGAUUAUCAAUUCAUUGAAAACACCYAUUGAUAAAUUGAAGAUUAAAGCAGUAUUCAUAAUUUGCUCAACUUGCCAUAUGGGUAAUGAUAUAGCGGAAAUGUAUAUUGAUAAUGGUGUUGUUGAAAUCAUAAGUUCGAUAAUCAUGGGCAUGGAAAAAAAUUUCGAACCUUUUCAUCAUGAGUUGUUUUUAUCUACGUUGAAUCAACUGCUUCGUAUGUCACCAGCCAGAGUCAAAGAAAUAUGCUCUUCGAUGGAGGAUCUCAAGCCAGCAUUGACAUCAUUGCAAGAUUCUUAUUCAGAUGAAUCAAGAUAUCAGGAUGAAAAGGAUCAAAUUUUGUGGUUAAUGGAAACUCUAACWUUGUGAAGAGAUUUAGCGGCACAUUGCAUAUUACUUACUUUAUUUAAAUUUAUAAUGUUUUCAUAUCUGUAAUUGCUUUCAAAAGAAAUUAAAUCUAUGGUUCAUCACGCUAUUAGAAUUACUUUGUUUAAUUUUUUUUUAGAAUAAUAUGUAAUAAUAUAAUAUUAUUCUGCUAUUUAAGUUAAAUACUGCAUUCCUAAUAUUGAGAUGAAUGUAAUGGGUGUAUAUUGAUAAAAUGUUUAUUAUUUGUGUGAAAUUGUUGUAUUUGUUACGGGUAUUGAAAAAAGUAACAAUCUAAAACAAGGAAUUGAGCUUAAAUUGAACUUUAUCCCACAAAAAGAUGUUUUGUUACAAAAAUUUAAAUGUUUUAUCAAC